GAAGAACAAAGCCUUCUCAUUGUCCUCACACCCCAACCAACCCCAGCAGCCACAAUAUAUCUACACAUGCUGCCCGGCCAAGAACACCCAUCACAUGCUUUGAUCCCUCCCCCUUCCUCCUCCUCAUCUUAAUCCCCUCCCUGCCAGCUUCUUGGAGCAGAGCCAACAUCGCACCCAUCACCAACCACUCUCCCUCCUCCAGUUCUUUGCUGCUUGCACACCCAAGAUCCUGAGGAUCUCCGUUUCCUGGCACCGCAAGGCUUGAUCUUUGUUUCCUAGACGCCGCACUAUGUUGAUGAUGGGAUACUUCCGGGCACCAAAGCUGGGCGGGAGGAAGUCGUCGUCGCCGGAGAGGGACGGCCAGAGCCUGCGCGCGGCGCUGCUCCUCGACGGCGAAUCGACCGGCACGGUGCCCAAAGGGUACUUCGCGGUGUACGUGGGCGCGGAGGCUCGGCGGUUCGUGGUGCCCAUGAGCCUCCUCUGCCAGCCAGCCUUCCGGGCGCUCAUGGAGCGUGCCGCCGAGGAGUUCGGGUUCGGCCAGGCCGGCGGGCUCCGCAUCCCCUGCUGCGAGGAGGACUUCGUCGCCACCGUCGCGGCGCUCCUGCCCGAUGAGUCGAGGCAGCGGCGCCGGAGCGCGGUCGGCGGGAGGAGAAGCGCGUCGGUGAACUGGUGAUCAAGCAAGGCCUAGCUAAUCGCCGUGCGACCGAUCACGUACGGUGGCAUGGGAGAAGCAUUUUUGUUGCCUAUAUCGUUUGGAUGGAUGGGUGCCAUGCCUGUCCGCGCGCGCCGUCGUGCGAUGAUCCAUGUCAUCCCAUCCAUCCAUCCGAUUCCGGAUCACCAUUCGUUUUGGUUUUGGUUUUCGUUUUCACACAUGAUGAUUUGUCUGUGGUGGAGCUAGCAGUAGAUAGAUAGUGUGUCUCCUGAGUCUAAUUAUGUUCCUGUGAGGGCUCUGAAAUUGAACGGAUGAAUGAUGAUUUGAUUUAAAAUGAA